AUGUGGCAUCUGGCUGACAAGCAUGGUAACCUCAGUUGUGUUGUCACUCGAUUGAAUGAUGAAAUUGCAGGGAGUGGAGAUCAAGUGUCCACCAAUACCUCAGAGAAAAAGACUCGCAAGAACGGCAAGGAAGAUCCAGAAUUGAAGCAGCUUCGAAAGUCCCUUUGCAACUCGCAAAGAGAAUUGUCUUAUCAGGCUGUAAUCGAGAACCUAUCUACCGCCAACAGAGAGCUCACUCAAUCGAAGAUUGCCAAAGUUAAAGCAGACACCCAAGAAGAAAGGGACAUCUGGCAGGAGAGCAUCGAAGAACAAGAAAGCAUUGUCAAGGGCCUCAAGCGUCGUAAGAAGUCCUACGAAGUGAAGAAAACAGCGAAGAAGAAAAUGUCUAAUAAUGAAGCCAAUACGUCUGCGUCCAAUGAAGGCGAUGACUAG